CGGGAGCGGCGUCGGGACAGCGCGGGGCUGGAGCGGAGCGGGCGGGUCCUGUGCCAUGGCUGAUCCCUCGUCCGUAUCCGACCUUGCAACCCUGGCUCUGUGUCACGUCGAUAGAUCUUACUUAGAACUGGGUCAUGGAACAUUUGGUCAGACAGUGCUGCCUAAUCCUAAAACAGGUGUUGAUCCCUGUGAAGUUUGGUGCAAUCAGCCUGUGGAGAGAUUGAGAGAACAUUGCAACGUGAUUAAAAUCCAGAUGCUUUGGCCUCUGCUCUUCACCCCAGAAAGCAUUUCUUUCCAAGAGGAAUUUGGUUUGCUCUUUCAGGGGUGGCGUCUGUGGAAGACAAUGUCUGAGUGUAAUUUUGUGGAAGACCUUGCUGAUUUAAUUAAAAAAGUUGUUAACAUUCCGCACUUUAUCAGUGGCAUAUUGAGGAUUGGCAAUGGGAUAGAAAAUGGUUUCUUUCACCUUGAGGAGGCAGUGGAUUGGAUCAGGUGUGUGGGUGAUGCCAACGUUCUGCAGGGCCUGGAGGAACUCAGGGAUUUUCGCCGGCUUAAACUUGCAACUGUUUUUACUCAGUGGGAACGUUCCAUCAUUAAAGUUGCAUUGGAAGAUUGUGAUUUAGUUGAAGAAUUGAAAGCUCAGACCUGUGAGAGCUCCAGGAAGGACAGUGAAUUUAUGAAACAGAGAGGAAAUGAAGAAUUUUCCCAUGGAGCCUUUGUUUCUGCUAUAAUCUCAUACACUAAAGCCAUAGAGCUUUGCCGUACAAACCACCUUCUGUAUGGAAACAGAGCUCUUUGUUUCAUUCUCACAGGAGACUACGAGAGAGCUGUUGUUGAUGGGAAAAGAGCCACUGUUUUGAAGCCUGAUUGGCCAAAGGGUCACCACCACUAUUGCAAGGCCCUGUCCCUGCUGGGGAGGCCCGAGCAGGCUCUGGCAGCAAACGAGAGGGCUCAGGAGCUCUGCAGGAAUGUCCCUGACGGGCUCAAGGAACUCGUUCAACAGCAUCACAAGCUGAAAAGGACCUUAGAAGAAAUUAAUGGUACUAAACAACGUAAACAGAAGGCAAAGAAGUCUCUGCUUGAGAAAAAAGACUGCAGCUCUUCAAAAUCUCAUGGAAUAACCUCUCAGGAACAAAAAGAAAUAGAAAAAAUCAGAAAGAGAACUCAGGCUGACCCUAAAGGUCCUCAAAAACAUGAUCCCAAGGUGACUGACACCCAGAGACCAGAAAGCAAAGUUUCCACGCUGGAGUUGCCACAAAACCAAAGUCAUCAAAACAAACGAAAGCAAAAACCCAAAGUUGGUGACUCUGAAAAAAUGAGGGAUCACCUUGAUUUGAAGAGAGAGUCUAAAGCCGUGGAAGAUAAAGGCCUCUGUGCUGUGCCACAGGUAUUCCAGGUGGAUUUUAAUGCCCUGCCAGAAGGUGUUACAUCCCUUGCUCGUGAUGGUUGCACAGCCUUGAUGGACCAGCAGUGUCACAGUGCAGAACAAGCCUUCUCACAGCUGCUCAGCAUUCUGUAUACUUCAGAAUUUAGGUGUCUGAAUAUUCAUAAAAUUAAUUAUGCCAUAAUCAUCUAUGGACAUGCCACUGCCCUGCUGGGAAUAGGACAACCUGAGGCAUUGGCAAAGGCUGAAGACCAGUUUAAGAAAAUAAUUGAAGAGUACCCAGAAGAAAGAUGCUUUUGCUUGGCACAUUAUGGAAUUGGGAGGGUUUACCUCAGGCAAAACAGAUUUGCUCAUGCACUCGAUCAGUUCCUGAGAUCAAAGCUGAUGAUUGAUUUGAAGAUUGUCCCGGGGGUGUUGACGUGGCCGGGGACAACUCGGGUCAUCGAGGAGACACGGACAGAGAGUUUGCAGAUGGCUUUAAGGAAUUGUAUUGAGCAGUGCAAGUUCCCCCCAGAACCAGACGCUGUCUGUCGGUAUCAGCAGUGCCACGGCCACUCCAAAAUCCAAAUAUUUUUUACAGACCCAGACUUUAAGGGUUUUAUACGUGUUAUUUGCUGUCAGCAGUGCAGGGUGGAGUUUCACAUCAGCUGCUGGAAAAAGUUGAAAACAACAAGCUACAGUGAUAAAAAUGAUAAGGAUUUCCUUAAGGAAUUGUGUUUUACUCCCGAUUGUAAAGGCCUUAUUUCAAAAAUAAUUAUUUUCAGUUCUUCUGGUCUGGUAAAACGUGAAUUUGAAGUAAAAAUCGCAAAACUCAAGGGACCACCAAGGGCCUGCAUUAAACAGAAAUGUUCAAGUAUCAGGAAGUUAAAAACGAAGCAAGAAAAAAAACUACGGAGGAAACGCGCGCGGGAAGAGGCUCGAAAUUCCACCAAAAAGAAAGCAGAGGAAAACCAGGAGGGGAAUGAACGGUCCCAGUACAGUCAGAACAGGGGUUAUGGCCAGGAUUUCUCUGCUGGUGACCGGGUCCUGCAGCACAUCAGCCGGAAUUCCGAGCAGAUCCAGACAGCAGGGGGUGAUGCUGCCAAGUUAUUAAAGGAAUUACUGUCCUGGUUUGUCAUCAGCGAGGAGGAUUACACCUCAUAUUCCCAAACUAUUCCCAGCAAAUCCAAGGAAGUGAUGGAGCAGCUCAUCAGCCACUUAAUUCAGGAAAAAAACAGGGUCAAAACAAGGGGGUUCAUCCACGUGCUGAGCGAGCUGGAAGGGGUGGAUCCCAAAUUACUCAAGUGGCUGAAACAUCUUAAUAACUUGGGUCUGACAGCUACAAAAAACUUCCUCCAUCAAUAUGAAAAGUUAUUGCAAGAACUCGACUUCUCUAUUUUAGCCCCUCUCUGGAACCAGAAGUAUGGCAGGAAAUUUGAUUAUGUGACUACAACUGAAAAGCAAGAGAUUUGUGAUUAUUUCUUAAACCCCCCCCUAGAGAAAACCCGUUGUUUUAUAUGGCUUUUAGAGGACAACAGAGAACAUUUCCCUUUCCUUCAUCAAGCUUUAGAUGAAUUCUUUGAUAAAAUGGAUGACCCAACCAUUAUAUUAAAGAAGCAGGGAAAUGAAAAUAUAUCAACUAAUGAUAUCAAAGUUAAAAACAAAAACAGGAAGAAAAACUUGAAAGACUCGAGGUCUAUUUUAGUAUUAUCCAGUGGAGUUAGUACAGCCCCACGAGAAGAAGAGAAGAUAUUUAUAGAAGAAAAUAAUUUAUACACAGAUUUUACAAAUGAACCAUUUGUAAUCCCAGAGUAUCUCCAGGAGCAACUGGAGGAAUUUGAAGCUCUCUAUGAAGUUUCAAAUAGUAACAGUUAUAAUAAUCCAGAUCCAGUCUCCGAGAGUUUAUAUGAGUAUUUCUCUCAAAUCUUGGACGAACAUGGCCCUCUGGAAAUUAAUAAUAAAUUACUAGUUGGGGAAUAUGAAAAUUUCCCUGAAGAAACUCGAAAGGUGGUGGAGGAUCAGGGUGGCCUGGAAUCUUUCCUUCUGAAAUCCCUUCAUUUCAUUAUGGUGGAUAACCUUAUUUGCUUAAGGAAGCACUCGGUCUUCUUUGAGGGAAUUACAAACAGAAAUGAAAAUUGUAUAGAUGGGAACGUGCAAGGAAAUCAUUCCCGGAAAAACCUCCGGUUAAAUCCAGAUGCUGAGGAAUUCAAGCCCCAGUCCUGCCCUAUUCAACCCCAUAUAACACCAUCACCUGAUUUAAGUUAUGAGGCUCUACAGUAUUUGCCCUAUUCCUUCCCUGCUUCCUGUAGAUCCAGGAAUUCCUUGCAAAGCCAGAGGAUUGAUUCCAUGGAAAACAAGUCAUCGUUUGCAGCCAUUUUACUAAAGAACUUGGAUUCUACAAAUCCCAUAUUUUUGCCUCAGACUUCCUGGGGUUACCAGUAUGGAAGGAUAUUGCCUGUGCCUUCUCCAGUGCCUGUCCUGCCACUUGUUGCCAGGCAGCCUGGUUAUAUCUGUGCUGAUCCUGCAGCUCCUCAGGAUAAUCAGGAAUCAGCAAUUCCAGCUGGAAAAUACGUCUGUGAUGGUUUUAUCCCAACUGAAAUCCAAACGCGUGAAGACCCUUGGGAGAACUCGGAUAACACGGUGGAUAAAGAGGAUUUGGCUGCUCCAGGUAGUUCAGAUGAAGCUGAAAAUGGUAAACAGGUUAUUAAGGUGGAAAAAGGAAGCAAAAGUAAACCUGGAAUGAAGAGCAACCCCCAUAUAAGGAUGGUGGCUGUUCAGGUCAAUCAGGAAGUAGCUGAUAGGGAAACCAACACCCUGCCUUUCCAUCCAUUUGAAAACCAACAAGGAGAUAUUCUGCGUGUGGAAAAGGAGCAUCAGGUGCUGAAAGAACAACUGAAAGAGGCAGAGGAGAAAUUUGAGCAGCUGCAAAGCCGAAGUUCGGAGGAAAUCGGUGCUUUGGAAGAGCUCCUGAGGAAAAGUGUGGAAGAGACUGAGGUCUCCCAGAACGAACUGGAUUGGUUUCACCAGGACUCGGAAGCACAAGGGAAGAAAUGGCAGCAGGAGAAAAAAGAGAACAGAGAUAAUUUAAAAGCACUGAGGGGCACAGCUAAAAAACACACAGACACCAAUGAGAGGUAUUUGAAGACCAUUGAUGACAAGGAAAAGCAAUAUAAUGUAUAUUUAAAUACAUUUCUGGAUACCAGUAAUAAAUUUGCUAAUGAGAAAGUAAAAUUGGAAGAGCUUAUAAAAAAGAGUCAAGAUGACUGCCAGGAGUGUGUGAAAAGAGCUGUUAAAGCAGAGAUCUCAGUAUUCCAGAACUGGAAGGAAACUGAAGUUUGGAAGCUCAGUGGCACCGUUGCCAAAGCAGAAGCAAAUCUCAAGAUGCUGAAGACACUGAGCAGCAGCUCAGCUUCAGCAGCACCUUUGUUGAAGUCACAGAUUGAUUCCUGGGAAACUUUUAUUUCCAAUGUAAAGAAACAGCUGGAAAAAGUAGAGGCUGAGUAUGAGGAGAAAAUUGAGCUGGUGAAAAGUGGUGCCCAGAUUUCCCUCACUAAGGUGGAAAUUAUGGAUAUUCCCUCUCCUCCCAGUGUCCUGACAAUCCCAGCCAGACCUUUGGUCAGUGACCCAGCCAUUGUCACCUAUUCCUUGGCACCUGCACAUCCCAGUUCACUCCCUGCAUUUUCCAGUCCUGAAGGUCAAGGUCCAACACAACCAUCCUUUCAAACCCAGCCUGGAGCUAAGGCAGCACCAGCCACUGCUGAGGCUUGUUCUGCAAGUGGUGGAUCCGUGAAAACACAUCCCCAACCUCCAGAGGGAUCAUAUUCCAAUAAACUCCCGUCAUCUCACCCAUCAGGGAUUUCUGGAAGUGACAAUCAGCCAACCCAGAACCACCAGGAUGCCUCAGCUCUGCAGCCAAGGCCUCCUGCACUUCCAAACAACAAAAAGCUUCCAAAAGCACUGGAAAAUAUUAUUGCACGGCUCCAGAGUAUAUUCCCAAACUACAGCAGUUCAGAUUUCACUGGUUUUAUAAGAGAGGUACAAAGAAGAAAUAGGAACACACUGUCAGGUCUGAGCUUCGAUGAGGUUCUGAACCGAGUGACGGAGCUGAUCCUGGACCAGCAGAGCCAGGCACCAACUUCAGCAGGGAGAGUCUCUGCUCCACCAGCCCCGACCAGAACACGGAGUCAGGAAGUGGCUGCAGAAGGAAAUGCCCCCAGUCCCUCCAGAGCAGGACCUGCACCUAAAAACACCUCAAAUAAAAACCCAUCUCAGCCAAACCUCCAGCCCUGGGGGAAUGUUGGAGCAACACCUAAAGCUAAAUGGAAAAAGAAGGACAAUGCAGCCUCCAGUGAGGAUCCCUGCACGAUCUGUCACGAUGAGCUGAGCAGAGACUCGUGUGAACUGGAGUGUGGGCAUCAUUUUCACAGAGAAUGCAUCAGAACGUGGCUCAAGGAACAUUCCAGCACCUGCCCCAUCUGCCGUGUCCACGCCCUCCUUCCUGAAGACUUCCCUGAGCUCCCUGCAUGGAACAAGUGCACCUAGUCCUGGCUUUUAUUUCAACACUUUAUAAUAAUAAUAAUCAUGAUAAUCAUAAUAAUCAGAUGCAAAAUGGCUGCAGAGUAACCCCAGAGCUGAGGGACAGCACCAGGCCCCUGGUUUUAUUUUUAUUUAUUUUAUUGGCAGUGGUGACAGAGCUCAGGCUGAGUCGGGAUUUAACACUUGGCAUUAAGGCCCAGACUCCAAGAUCCAGCACUUUUCCUGGUUGCUGCCUAAAUGUGGGAAGCUGAUGUGGUUCAGGGCUGGCAGCACACAAAACUGGCCUUUAUUUUUUUUUAUUUAAUUGAAAGUAGCAAAUCUAUUUUAUCUGAAAGGCCAGAGCAUAAUUCCUGUGAAGAGGGAGCUUUCCCUCGGGUUUAUUCCACACUGCAACCAAAUUCCAAUAUCAAACAAGCAGGAUACCCAAAUGCAGAAUUGGAAGAGCCAAGAUAUUCCCUUCCUCUGGCAUCAACAAUUCCAGUUGAACUGCAGGAUUCCAGUCAGGCCCUUUUGAGUGCAGUUCAUCCCUGCAGCUCCUCUCUCUGCAUAAAUUCAAAUUGUUUAAAUACUGACUUUUAGUAAUUUAUUGAAGCAAGAAUUUUAAAGUGUUCACGUGAAUGGAGCUGGAAUACAGUGGAUCCAUUCUUUAAUGGAUUCUUUAAUUCAAACCCUCAAAAUAGGGUUUGAAUUUCCCCCCACUGUUGAAGAGCUGAUCUGUUUAAAUGAGAAUGACAAGAUUUUUUUUUAGCUGAAGCAACAUCUGUAUUUUGUGCAGGAAUUGGUCACCAGUGAGGGGCAGAAUAUAAACAGCUCCAAGAAUGGUUUUCCCACUGCCUUCAGAGUCUGAGCUUGCCAGAGCACCUUCAGCACUGUCACAUUUGCCUCCAAGAGCCAAAAAAUGAGGAGUGGAGACUGAAAACCUCAAACUGAAAAUCAAAUGUGGCUGUUGUCUGAAUCCAGGCAGCAUUAACUGGAUUAUGAGCUCAUUAGCUAAUUCUAGGGAUCACUUGUUCCCCCCAGUGAUAAAUAUCCUCCAGCUGAAGUUUUAAACUACUCUGUGAUUAAUCAGUGUAUGAAUUGGCACUUGAAUAAGAAAUUAAAAUUACUGCUGCAGCUCA